UUUUUUUUUAAGUAAAACUUUUAAGGGAAAUUUUUAAGGAAUUAUUGGAGUUUUCUUCCUGGAGGUUUUGCAAAUUUUCUGAAAUUUGGGGAAUUUUUUUGCUGAAUUUUUGGAUGCGCCUGACAUGGUUCCUCUGUUCCAGCUUUUAAUCGCAGGUGAAGAAAAGACUGUAGUCUGCAGACGACACGCCUGUUUCCAUCUUCACCCACAGCUCCUCCACGAUGGAAGAUGUUCUUCAAAAACGAAUUCUGGGUCAUAAGUAGGAGGACGUCCAGCUGCUGAUCCUGCCUGGGAAACCGACAGACAAGCAGCUCAGACAGAUGACGCCGGUUAAUGUGCUGCUGUGUGGAAGCUGAACAGGCCGUUUGACAGACGUGUUGCCGUCCCACAGGAAGCAGUUCUUCUGUUCAACUGACAGAGCGACUCCACCGACUUCAGCAACAACUCAGACGCCUCUCAGUCUGCUGGGAAAACGGCUGCAGUCCAGCAAGGAAACGACUUCUCCCUGCUGGGCUCUGAUAAGGCGCCACGCUGGGCUGAUGCAUUCUGGUCCGGCCUUUGAUCUCCUGCAUCUCCACGUUGUGACUACAAAACAGGGUCCAGACCAGACCUCCAGCUGGGUGAAAGCAGCGCUGGGAGACUGGCGGCUCAAACACCGCUGGAUCAAUUAAAACACAGCGAAGGACUCAAAAAACUCCACAGACUGAAAGGAUAAAGCACAGUGAUACGCAGUGGACAGUGAACUUGAACAUCAGCUGAUGUUUCCUGCUGAUGCAUGAUUCAGUUCUCUGGAAUGAAACACACCCCUGAGUUACAAUUGAAGCAAGAGAAGACAUGUGAUGAAGCUCCGCCCCUCACCUGGCUCACCUCAGACAAACCAGGAAACAGUUUGUGAUUCUUUCUCAGUAAAGAGACACUCGGACCAUCAGACGGAGCUUCAGCAUCCUCAGACUGAGUCCAGCUACAACACUGCUGCUUCCAGCUGCUGACACUCCAAACACUGAAGCUUCACUCACACAAUAAAUGGCUUCCAGAUCAGAGGAGGAUCUCUGCUGUCCGGUCUGUCAGGACGUCUUCACAGAUCCUGUUCUUCUGUCAUGUAGCCACAGCUUCUGUAGAGACUGUCUGAAGACCUGCUGGAGACAGAAACCAACACACGACUGUCCAGUUUGUAAGAAAAGAUCUUCAAAAUCUAAACCACCUCGUAACCUGGCAUUAAAGAAUCUGUGUGAGUCCUUCAGGCAGCAGAGAGCUCAGAGAUCUUCAGAGUCUUUCUGCAGUUUCCACUCUGAGAAACUCAAAUUCUUCUGUCUGGAUCAUCAGCAGCCAGUGUGUGUCGUCUGCAAACAUUCAAAAAAACACUCCAACCACAGAUUCAGACCCAUUGAUGAAGCUGCACCAGAACAUAGGAAGGAACUUCAGGAAACUCUGAAGCCCUUAAAGAAGAAGCUGAAGGUUUCUGAACAAGUUCAAGUGAAGUUUGAUCAAACAGCAGAACACAUUAAGGUCCAGGCCCGACACACAGAGAGGCAGAUUAAGGAGCAGUUUGAGAAGCUUCACCAGUUUCUGAGAAAGGAAGAGGAGACCAGGAUGGCUGCACUGAGGGAGGAAGAGGAGCAGAAGACUGGGAUGAUGAAGGAGAAGAUGGAGGCUCUGAGCAGAGAGAUAGCAGAUCUUUCAGACACAGUCAGAGCCACAGAGGAGCAGCUGAGAGCUGAAGACGUCUCAUUCCUGCUAAACUACAAGGCUGCAGUGGAAAGAGUCCAGCGCUGCCUCCUGCUGGAGGAUCCACAACUGCUCUCAGGAGCUCUGAUAGACCAGGCCAAACAUCUGGGCAACCUGAGCUUCAACAUCUGGAACAACAUGAAGGACAUGGUCUCCUACACUCCUCUCAUUCUGGACCCAAACACCACAUCAGAACUCAUCCUGUCUGAAGAUCUGACCAGUGUGAGAUAUGGAGAUGAACAGCAACUUCCUGAUAAUCCAGAGAGGUUUGAUGAUUACUUCUCUGUUCUAAGCUCUGAAGGCUUCAACUCAGGGACUCACAGCUGGAAUGUUGAGGUUGGAGACAGAGUAGGCUGGAUACUGGGUGUGUUAGAAGAGUCUGUCCAGAGGAUGGGAUGCAUACAAUCUGGAUUAUGGAGAUUAUUGUUUUCUGAAGAUAAAUACUCAGCAGGUUCACCACUAACUUCCUCCACUGAUCUCUCAGUGCAGAAGAAGCUCCAGAGGAUCAGAGUGAAUCUGGACUGUAACAGAGGAAAGCUGUCCUUCUCUGAUCCUGAUACUAAAACACACAUACACACCUUCAAUCACACUUUCACUCAGAGGAUGUUUCCAUUAAUUUACACUGGUGGUAAAGUUCAGAUUUUACCAGAGAAGAUCUCAGUGACAGUGGAACAGAUCAGUUAGAGAUCAACAGGAUCAACAGAUUCAGAACAUCUCUUUGUUGUUGUUUUUCCUGUUGUUUUUUUCUGAAUCAGUCAUAGAAAAGGUAUUAAUUUACAUCAUGACUGUAAAAACCAAAGCAAAGACAAACCAAAACUGUAAAUAAUAAAAUAUCUGUAUUUCCACUGUUAAUUAUUUGUUCUUUAACAAUGUGUGACUGUAAAAUUACAACAUAUUUUUACUGUAGUUAAAUCAGUGAACUAUCAUAAAUAUAAUAAUAUAUUAUUAUUCUGCAGUUAGAGCUCAACAGGAUCAAUAGAUUCAAAAUGUUCCUUUGUUUUAGUUUCAUCUGUUGGUUGUUUCUUCUGAACUUUUUGGCUUUUUACAUUUAUUGGAUUCUUCCAAUAAAUAAUAAUAUCAAUAAAAUAAUAUAAUAAAAUAAAUAAUAUUCUGAAUAUUUUUGUUCUCGUCUUUGUCAAGCCCAAACGAAAAAAUUAAUCCAUAUUCUGGCUACAUUACCGACAGCAGCAUCCCUGGUGUGACCGGAAAGGUUAGCCGAGCUAGCGGAAGUGCUAAUGAGGUCUGCUCUGGCACAGAUUAUUACACACAUGUAGCUUUGAAAAUAAAUCUUCUAUAAGACACGGCGCUGUAGCUCCGUUUCAGUGUGGGUUCUAAUGUUUCUCUGUGUGACUGUGUCUGACUUCCUCUAAUAAAACCCUCCUGUUCACUGGGAGCUGCAGCUGCCAGAGAUAUGAAUGAGUAGAUAGGACACGCCCCUUUGAGCUGCGUUCUACAGCGAGGCUAAGCUAGUGGGGGCAAAGUUUCAGUGCAUUCCGUUGAUGUAGACGCCGUGAAAACGGAAACAAGUAUGCUGGAUCACUGUGCUGCAUACAGUUACACACUACGUCGUACGAUUGAGACAAGGAAACUUGGAAUGACUUUUCAUAGGUAAGAAUAGUUUUUGGAUCUUUUUUCAUUAUUAAAUCUUGUUGAGAGCUUCCAGUCUAUGAGAGCUAACUAGUUAGCCACUAGCAAAACGCUAAGGUGAGCUAGCAGCUUGACAACCAAAUACCAGACGAUUAAUAGUAGCUGUAGUAUAGUUGUACAAGCAGUAGUAGUAAUACUAAAAGUACAAGCAGCAGUAGUAGUAUAAAGCUGUAAAGUUUCUGCUCCUUCAAAGUUCACAACACAAUGAAUGAAUUCCUAAAACACUCUCAAUGCUGGAGAGCGUUUGUGAUGCUGAAGCAGUGAUCAGUUUUUCUGUUUCUUCUCUGGAGAUGCACAAUGAGGGACGUCUGCAGAGACUGAGAAAGAGUCUCACCACAUCCUGACAUGAGGAAAAAGACUUUAUUGAAGACUACAAUGAGAAAAGCUAUCAGACAGCAGACGGCUGCAUUCAAGGUGAGAUCUGAACAUUUGAUCUGGAACAGGAAUUCAAUAACGGCAGCAUGAGCUUCAUUUCAGUCUGUAGCUGCUGAAUUCAUGGAUGAAUCAUCUGGUACUAGAGAAGAAGACCAUCAAACAUCCAUAUCAGCUGAUGGAGGUCCAAGAGUCUCACUGAACAAACAACCUACAGAGUGAAGACCUCGAAUCUGAUUGGACGGCCUCCUAUUCAGCCACGUGUGUGAACAAAUGCCUCUAAGUUGAUUUGUUUUCUAAAAUAAAUCUAGUUUGAGUCCUAAUCUAUGCCUGUGUUUGCUUCUUUACACUGCUGUUAACAGUUUAGGCUGUUAGAUUGUUCCAGAUAAGACAAGUACAAGAUUCUUCAGAGCCGUUCUACCACGAGCCUGACAGGAAGAACUCCAACAGCUACUGAAUGUUCCUGUGGUUCCCUCAAGGCUACAGGAGGAGUCCUACGAGGACGAGCCGGUCCACCUGAUGGCGGCCAGUCACUGUGGUUCAAAGCCAACACCGACUACGUGGACUUCUACUGGACCACACGGAGGCCUUCAAACCGGACCAACAAGUUCAGCGACUCCCCGACUUGUGGGUCUGAGGACGCCGCCGAGCCUCGGCCCAGCCGGCCUCCUGUCUGUGGGUGUUUGAGUGCUGAGAGGUUUGUGGAUCCAUGUGAACGUUCUGUGUUGAAACAGCAGCUUUGGACUCAGUAACGCCGGGAAAAACCAAGAGCUCCUUUAUUUGUGACUUCCACUAAAAAAACUGAAGAAAAUAAGUUUGCCAGGGUUCUGACUGAUAACAGAUUAUUAAAUAAUGAAAAUAAUCCUUUAAAUAUUCCUUUAAACAAUCCUUUUAGGUCUACGUUUCCUUUACACUGACUUCUUGGUAUAUGUACAAGUAUUUUGGGUGGAAUAUACCAUUAAGCCUAAUGUUCAAGGGUUUUUCUGGGAAUAUACCAUUAAACCAACAUUUUAGGUAAAUAUUCCAGGAUGUUGGGUAGAAUAUACCAUCAGAUAAACCUUUUAGGUCUACAUUGGAAGAUUUUAGAGUAGAAUAUUACUCCAAACCAUCCUUUGGGUCUACAUUUAAGGUGGAAUACUCCUUAACACCAAGAUUUUUUUGGUCUACAUCGAAGGACUUUAGGUUGAAUAUUCCUUUGAACAAACUUUUUAAGUUAAUGUUCCAGGAUGUUGGGUGGAAUAUACCAUCAGACCAACCUCCAAGGUCUACAGUAGUGCAUUUUAGGGGGAAUAUACCAUUAAACUCACCUUUUAGGUCUACAUUGGAGGAUUUUAGAUGGAAUUUUCUUCCAAACCGUCUUUUAGUCUACAUUUAAGGAUGUUUAGGAUGGUAUAUUCUUCCAAACCAACUUCUAAGGUCUACAUUUCAGGUGGAAUAUUCCUCCAUACUAACUUUUUUGGACUACGUUGAAGGAUUUUCUCUAAACCACCCUUCCGGGUCUAUAUUUGAGGUUUUAGGUGGAAUAUUUCUUUUAACCAGCCCCUCAGGUCUCUUUGAGGAUUUUGGAUGGAAUACUCAAUUAAACCAACAUUUUAGGUGCAUGUCUAAGGAUUUUUGGUGGAAUGUUCCUUUAAGGUGGAUGUGUGAGGACCUUGUAGGUGGAAUACUUCCUGAAACCAACCUUGUAGGUCAACAUUCAAAGAUUUAAGGUGGAAUAUUCCUUUAAACCUAAAUUUCAUGUUUUGAUCAUUAUCAAGUGAGAAACUUCAAUCCAGACUCCUCAUAAUGACGUUUGAGAUUAAUGCUGCUGUUAUUUGUUUAGUCCAGACUAAAUGACAGAAAUCCACAACUGUAACAAUUUGAUUUCAGGACUCGGUUAUUAAAUGUCAAAACAAUCCAUGUGACUCUAAGAACUCAACAGCUUUACAAACUCUAAGAUUAAACUCUCCACAAGGAUCCAAAAUAAGUUGGACUUCUACAUGAGAGCUUUAAUUAUUCUUCAUCUACUUCCUGAAAAGUUUGGUCAAUAAAAAAGACAAAAACUAAUAUUUUCAGCUGAACUAAAGACAGACUUUGUGAUUUUUCUGCUCACAUGUUGUGUUGUUGUAAACUUCCUCUUUCAAAUAAAUAGCCUCCUAACCCCCUGGAAA